GCCUCAGCGCUAGGCGCACUAACGUCGCAGAGCGCGGAAAGAAAACAAACGGCAGUAACGGACCUUCUGGCACCCGAGUUAAAGUUGUGAAGAGGCGGCGGAGGACCCUGUCUGACAGUUUCACUUCCAGAAGAGGAGAGGAGAGGAGGAACUGAUACUAGCUCAGCGUUGAGACUCCUCAGCCGGCACAGAGCCUCGCGUCAGUGAAAAACCUGCUUCUGAACUUGUGUUCUUUCUGACCUUCAGCGGAUUCUCGGUCCACCCUCGGCCCGGCGCGGGGAAAUGUAGAGCACAGCGCGUGGAAGAUACCCGGAUCACUUUCAGCACUUUCUGCACAAAGAGCUACCCCUACACCUCUCGGGCUGGACUGUGCAGCGGCAGCAGCGGCCCGGCCCCCGCGCCCCCCGGCCAUGGCGACCCGCAUUGGCUUACGGCUGCAGCUCAUGCGCGAUCAGAUGCAGCAGGAGGAGCAGCGGGAGCGGCAACAGCAGCAGGCAGCGGCCAUGCACUACAUGCAGCAGCAAGCACCCAGACUACCCGCACCCUCCCCCGCCAUCAAUGCUCCUAUGCACUUCCAGUCGCCCAUGCAGGUGCCCGUGGAAGUGCUGAAGGUGCAGACUCAUCUGGAGAAUCCCACAGACUACCACAUCCGCCAGUCGCAGCGGCAGCAGGUUAAGGAGUACCUGUCUACCACCUACGCCACCAAGCAGGCAGUGCAUGCUGUGGCAGGUGUGGUCCACCCUUCUCCGCCAAGCAUGGCCCAGGUCCAGUCCGCAGCCGUCCCUCCUCCCUUGCCCUCGCCUCGUAUGCGCACUGAACAGCUCAUGACCUCAGCAGGGAACAGUGCACCCAACAGCCCGAUGGCCAUGCUUAACAUCAACUGCAGCCAUGAAAAAGAGCAGAUGGAGGAUGUUAUCGAUGACAUCAUUAGCAUGCAGUCCAGUUAUGAUGACAUACAGAACUACGUCGACCCUGUGGUGCAAAUGCCAAACACACUCCCUCUGUCCAGCAGCCACCUGGAUGUGUACACUGGACCAGGCAUGGCUGGCCCCACCAUUGCCAUGACCAGCAAUUCCUGCCCUGCCAAUCUGGCCAUUAAGAGAGAGCUUUCAGAUGCAGAAGCCCGUGCAAUGGCUAAGGAGAGGCAGAAGAAAGACAACCACAACCUAAUUGAAAGGAGACGAAGGUUCAAUAUCAAUGACCGUAUCAAGGAGCUGGGCACCAUGAUCCCCAAAACCAACGACCUGGAUGUACGCUGGAAUAAGGGCACCAUUCUGAGAGCCUCAGUGGAGUACAUUAAACGCAUGCAAAAGGACAUCCAGAGAACCAGAGAGGUGGAGAACAACUUCAAGAGGAUGGAGAUGGCCAACAAACAGCUUUGGCUCCGCAUCCAGGAGCUGGAGAUGCAGGCCCGGUUGCACGGCCUCCCCAGCAACUCGCCUUCAGCCCUGAAUAACGUCGACCUAAUGAACCCAUUCAUGAAGCAGGAGGGCAGCCCUGAGGAGAACCACCACAACCCCCACCCACCCCAUAUGCCUGUCCACCACCCCCAGCAGCAGCAGCAGCAGCAGCAGCACCAGCAGCACCAGCAGCACCCAGGCCAGCUGCAGCAGCCCCGGGGCCUGCCUCCUCUACCCCAGCACCUGCACCCUCAGCCUCCGCCGCUGCAGUAUUCAGCCGUGGGCAGCACCCAGCACUUUGACUUUGCCCAAUCGCUGGACUUGUGCGAUGGUGGGGUUCCAGGUGGCUACUCAGAUGGGAUGAGCUGCCUGGGGGACCUGAGUUCUCUGGGCGGUGGGGGUGCCGGGACGCCCCAUAUGGGGAAGAAGAAUGACAUGGGCUUCCUGCUGAUGGAGGAGGCCCUGUCUCCACUAGGGGGCGACCCACUGCUUUCGGCCAUGUCCCCUGAGGCAUCCGUAGAUAGCAGCCGCCGAAGCAGCUUCAGCAUAGAUGACUCGGACAUACUGUGACCCGCCAGGUGGUUGAAGUUGCUCCAACAUCAGUACACCCCAUAUACACGCAUAUGCGCACACACACACGGCAAAAAAUGAAGUCAUGCCCUGCCAAGUAAAGUGAAGUCAUUUACAAAAGCCUGCACACAAAUGCUCAGACACACAGCAACAAAGGCCCAGUAUGAACCAUGUCUUUACAGUUUUCUAAUCAGAUAUCUCACACAAACAUACACAGACCUGUACACUCCUUUUCAUCUUAUUUUAUUAAUCACAUAGUGUAUUAGGCAAAUGUCAGAGACCAUUUAUUGAAUUUAUGGUCAAAACAGCCAUUAAGUAUGAGUUAUUAACUUUUCAAUGUCAGGAAAAAAAUAGAAAACAUUACAGAAAAUUACACAAAAGCCUCAGUAGGUAAAUAUAAGCAUUAGUUUGUCCAACCUUUGCUUUAUUAGAGCUUCCAUUCUUUUCUGUAGACUUUUCAAAGAAGUCUGCAGGGGUAUUUCUCCACACCUCCAAACUUCAGUCUUAGAACUUUCUACUUUUUACAAAUCAGGUAAUCCCAAACACGUUCAGUGAUGUUGAGGCCAGGGCUUUCAUUUUCUUAGAAACACCUUGAUGGCUACAUUUAAUUUUUUCCCACAUCUAAAGCAAUUAAGGAGCUUGAGUUUCUCCAAUCUCUUAAAAAAUGAUAAAAAGCGGUGAUUAUUAGAUGGUGAAAGUUUUGUGGUUCUGCCAGGUUUUGCACGGUUGUCAGGAGUCCCGUUUUCUCAAACUCCUGGUUUUCCACUUAUUUUCCUUUGAUGUUUCCCCUUCCAUAUGCAGGUGGUUUAUUUUAUCCCAUGAAAAUGAAAGAAUACUUGUACCUAAUGGCUGAUUUGACUGGAAAUGAAAUAAUUGAAGGGUGGUCUCUGUCUUUUGCACAGUAUGGUAUACCAUACACACACUUCAAAGGCAGCGGCACUCCUGAAGAUCUGCAAACCUACAUACAUUCAGUCCCAUUCACAAAACACACAGUCACAUAUGACCCAGAGGUAUCUUACUUUUGCCAGUGAAAUGUUCUUGUCCACAGAAGGGAAAAGAUGUGCCCAAAAUGCCUGACGUUAGCUGUACUACCGGCCAAAUCCAAAGAUUCUGCUCUAUUCAGAAGGAACCGUAUUGGAAGUUCAAACCAGAGGCAAGCAGUCUAGAUCGCAGUUUUGCCACUUGCUGCUUUAAUCCGUCACUUAUAGUGCCAUAGUGGCAUUUUAGCAUUAAGCCAACAGAAGAAGGAAGAGUGGUGUAGAUGUUAAAUGAUCAUCCAGAGGCAGCUUUUCUUCAAGCAUUUUAGCAAAAGCAGGGAGUUUGUCCAAAAAGGAAGUGAAGAAUCUGUUCAUCGCUUGAAGGUACUGUAGUCGUACGUAUUCGUGGUGUCUUGUCACAGUCGCUCAGGUGCAAGAGUCCACAGAGAAUCCUUGAAAAAAGAAACGAUAUAGCAAAGAAACAAGUGUACGUAAACAGGCCUGGUGCAGCAUUAAUGUCAUAUGCUUAUGUGGAAGCAUUGAGGGCAAAACGAAGCCAGGUUUGUUUCAAAAUCAGGUGCUAGCAAAAUAGAGCAGCUGGGACAAGAUGGCUGUAGAACACCGCAGUUUAUAACAUAACCAGCCAGUCCAGUCGCCACAUGCAACCAGCAACAAGCUUGUAAAUGCAUGCAAGACUGUUUUGCAUUGGCUUGUACUUGAGUCAGCACCUGUAGACCCUCACUGACCAUCCAUUAAGUGCCUUUGAAAAGGCAUGGAUCAAAUACUCCAUGUGAUCCAGCUAAAAAGUGUAUAGAAGAAAGAAAGUAAAACGCCAAGAAGAGAUUUAUGUAAUCUAUGUGAUAGUUUUUAUUUUUCUCUUUCUCUCUCCCAAAGCACUGAAAGAAAUUCUGAUUUUAUUGACUUUAUAAUAUAUGAUUUAUAAGUUUUAUUUCACAUUAUAUGCCACUAAGCCACUUAAAUGUAUUUUUAUUGUAUGUGUCCUUUUUAUUUUAUUUGAUCUUCCAAAAAUGACCUUUUCUAUCUCAGUGCAGAGCCAUUUAAAUAUGAAGAUAUUUAAACCGCUAGCCUUAUUGUACAUGGCCAGUGGAGAGCCAUAUUAUGUAUUUUUUUUCCUUUUUUGUGUAAAAAAUGUUAAAAUUCAUCAGGCUUUUAAGAAAAGUAAAAUAACAUGUAUCAUGUUGUUUUUAUAUUGAUUUUGAUUUUUUUUUAACCUAGUUAUUCAAAGCAAAUACAAUUGAGUGAUGAUUCUGUAAUUUCAUUCAGUUUUAAUUAAAGCUUUGUGAAUGUGAAUAUUAUCUAUUGUACAGUUAAGUAGUUAAAGUGAAGCAGCAUGAUUUUUCUCUCAUGGUGCCUUUUUUCUUGGAAAAAAAAAAAAGUGAUGAACUUCUUAUAUUGUCAUUAAAGCCAAAAACUGCCUCUGAGUUUAAAAUGUAGUCUCUACACUGUUGAGCUCAUUGACCUCCUGCUCAUUGUUUCAUUCGGCGCAUGAUCAGUAGAAACUCCAGAAGCACUCCAGAAAGGUUAAGACAUCUAUGCAAAUCUUUGACUUGGGAAACUGUAAUACAGUGGCCUGCUGGGCUGUUAUUUUGGAGGGGGUCCAUUUGUUUUUGCUUAAAUGAGUGCGUUUAGCCAUCGUCCAGGAAUGAAAAGGUUUGCCAUAAAUGAAGUAUAAAGGACCCCCGACCCCAUAACCACCCCAGCAUUCUGAAGGCGGCAGAGGUUGAAUGUGGUGAUUUUUUUUUUUUUUUUUUUUUUUCCCGUCCAUUCUUGCCAAACUCAUCUGGAGGCCUUCAGAAUGUUUCUGAAUCUGCUCUGUUAAAAACAUUCUGGAAGUGAAUGACACCUCAUUAAAUGUAGUUAAGCUGAUGGAAA